GCCUCUCGGUGGGCUUGCAGAUAGGGGAAGCGAGCCACAGAUGGUGGUGAGUGAAUUUGCAAGCCGAGUGGCAAAGAGAGAUCCCUCGGAGUCUGGCACUCCUCUUCGCUUCUGGCAACUGUUAGCCAGAAAGAGGUCGGCUGCUGGCUGAAGGAGAGGAGAGGUUGUCCCCGGCAAGGCUCUUCUCCUCCCCCCCCCCUUUCUGCUUUUUAAACAAGACGUUACUUCAUUUGCUGAUCAGAAGAAACUGUUGCACAGCAUAGCAAGUGAGAGCUGGAGGUGUAUUUGAAGCUAAUUACCUAGGACAUAAAUUGGGAAACAGUGCUCCUUUUGCUGCUGCAGGGAGGUGUGAAUCCGAUGGUGGGGUUUACCUGUCUCUCUGGCUCAACUGUGGUCUUCGCUUGUCCUCCUUCUGAGGAUCUGGGAUUCCUUCUUAGAUGACUGUCGACAACAGCAUGAGUAGUGGCUACUGUAGCUUGGAUGAUGACUUGGAGGACUGCUUUUUCACCGCCAAAACCACCUUCUUUAGGAGUGCCCAGAGCAAAUGCACUGCAAAGAAUGUGACAAAAACUGUGGAAGAAGAAAAACCGAAAGCUCCUACCAUUCAGGAGCUGAAAGAAAAGAUUGACAAUUACAAUUCAAAAGUCAACAACGGCUUGCUGAUGAAGCUGAAUGAUGACGGCACUUAUACAGGUUUCAUCAAAGUGCACUUGAAAUUGCGCCGGCCUGUGACAGUUCCAGCAGGGAUCAGGCCACAGUCCAUAUAUGAUGCCCUCAAGGAGGUCAACCUGGCCAGGACAACAGAGAAAAGGACUUCCUUCUACCUGCCACUGGAUGCCAUCAAACAGCUGCACAUCAGCAGUACCACCACUGUGAGUGAGGUGAUCCAGGGACUUUUGAAGAAAUUUAUGGUGGUGGACAACCCACAGAAAUUUGCACUUUUCAAGCAGAUGCAGAAAGAUGGUCAAGUUCUAUCCCAGAAACUUCCAGUGACAGAGUAUCCUUUGUAUCUCCGGUUGCAAGCAGGUCCUGACACAGACCUUCUAAGCUUUGUGUUGAAGGAAAAUGAAACAGGGGAAGUUGAGUGGGAUGACUUCUCUAUUCCAGAACUACAGAAUUUCCUAGUCAUACUAGAAAGGGAAGAAAAAGAAAAAAUCCAGCAAGUUCAGAAAAAGUAUGACAAGUUUAAACAAAAACUGCAAGAGGCCUUGAAAGAAGCAAAUGGGAAGCCGGGAUAACCAGUGCUGGUAGCAUGGCAAGUGAGAAACUGAACAUUAAAAAUAGAUACAUAUAUAUAUAUAUUUAAAAAACAAUACAAAAAUUACACCCAA